AUGACCAUCCAGAGUGCUAAGCACAUGCGCCGCACGUUCGAGCAAGAAAGCUUGGCGCUGCACAAGCUGCUUCGCAUUCCCCCAAAUUCGCUUCGCAUCGAGGAGCUCCUGGGGCUAGGUCCGCCUCGAGAGGUCCUGGCCAGUCGUGCCCUGGAGAUGCGGGGCACGGGCAAGAAGCAGAAGCUGGACCCCGUCAGCCAGCACUGCGUGCACGUCUCCGAGGGCCUGGAGCAGGCAGCAGCGGCAGAAGUAAUCCCGGAGGUUGUUUCUGAGAUGCUGGCCACGAUGCUCCAGGGCUCGCUGGCCGUGCCGAAGGAUGCCCGUCACGCGCACCAGGAGGGCGUCGUGGAGAUGGUGUGCGAGGCUUUGGUAGCCACGGAGGUCGCCCUGAAGCAGGCGGUCACUGAAGCGCAGGGUGUUGUUGACGGCGGGACUGGGAGGAAGGUCGCCUGCGAGGAGGAUGCCAAAACCAAGAAGGAGGCCCUCGCCGCUCUCGAGGAGGAUGGCAAGGCCAAGAAGGUGGCCCUCGCAGCGGCCGCCGCCUCCUUCAAGCAGGCCAAGGGUGCCGUCGGAGAGGCACAGACCGCCCAGAUGCUGGCGGAGGCGGACCUGAAGGAGGCACGUGCGAAGAAGGGCGUGCUGGAGGGCGCCCUGAAGGACAUGGUGAGCCCGCUGGCCGAGGGCACUUUGCCCGAGGGGGAGGUCGCCGGGACGGUGAGCCGCCUCAAGGCCGCGCUGAAGAAGUUUGUGCUGGUCGAGUCCCUCAUGACCGCGCUGCCGAACGCCUUGUCUAAGCCACCGAGCACAAGAGGGGCCUUCGACGUGAUGGUCGUCAGCCAGCUGAACGAAGAGAUGGGGAAGCUCAUCAGCUCGCUCGACGCCACUAUCAGCCAGGGGGACAGCACGAACAAGGAGCGCUCGGCGGCGCUGGCCGUCGCCGAGGCUGCCCUGGACGAGAGCAAACGCGGGCAGCUUGCGGCCGCGCAGGCAUUCCGCGACGCCAGGGAUGCGCUGGACAAGGCCAGGGGGGAGCUCAAGGAGGCCGAGCGCCGGCUGAAAGAGCUCGGGCCCGAGUCCAAGCGGAGCCAGGGCGCGCUCGACGAGGCCCAGGCGAUCCUGGAGUUGUUCCAGGCUGGGGCGCUGGCCUCGGCGCAGGAGCUCAAGGCGCGGCUGACGCCGCCUCCCGAGCCCGAGCCUGCCUCCGAGGCCCCGCUGGCCGAGGCGGAGGUUGGCGCGCCCAUGGAGGAGGCGGCGCCAGCAGAGGAGGAGGCCUCCCCGCCCGCGGGCGCCGCUGAGCCAGCUGCGGCGCCCGCCGCCUGA